AAUGGUAACUUGUGUCGGACUCGAAGCCCCCACAUCCCUGGCAUGCUCCAUGGAGUUAUGUACCUCGCAUUGCCCUCUGAACUACCAUCAUGGAUUGUAAACCCUUCAUACUUUUUUUGUUCCUCUGCUUGUUUAUUAGGAGCGCAAAACUCGAUAUUCAUCCAACCAACGAAGUUAACCUACUGGAUUCUAAAGCAAGUCAAGGAGAACUGGGAUGGAUUUCUUACCCAUCGCAUGGCUGGGAGGAGAUCAGUGGUGUGGACGAGAACUACACACCGAUACGCACUUUCCAAGUCUGCAAUGUCAUGGAGUACAGUCAGAACAACUGGCUCAGGACCAACUGGAUCCCGCGCAACUCUGCCCAGAAAAUUUACGUGGAGCUCAAGUUCACCCUGCGAGACUGCAACAGCAUUCCCAUGGUCCUCGGCACGUGCAAGGAGACCUUCAACCUCCAUUAUCUGGAGUCCGACGAGGACCACGGAUCCAAAUUCAGGGAACAUCAGUUUUCCAAGAUCGACACCAUCGCUGCUGACGAGAGCUUCACGCAGACGGACCUCGGGGAUCGCAUUCUCAAACUGAACACUGAGGUGCGCGAGGUGGGGCCCGUCACGAGGAAAGGUUUCUAUUUGGCCUUUCAGGACGUAGGGGCGUGCGUCGCGCUGGUUUCGGUGCGUGUGUACUUUAAGAAAUGUCCGUUCACUGUGAGGAAUCUGGCCAUGUUUCCAGACACGGUGCCCACAGACUCGCAGUCGUUGGUGGAGGUACGGGGCUCAUGUGUGAACAAUUCGCAAGAGGAGGAUCCACCCAAAAUGUAUUGCAGCACAGACGGGGAGUGGCUGGUACCUAUUGGGAAAUGCCUCUGUGACAUAGGCUUUGAAGAACGGGAGAGAGCCUGCCAAGUCUGCAGGCCUGGUUUCUACAAAGCCUCUUCAGGCAACCUGAAGUGUUCCAAGUGUCCUCCACACAGCUACACGCACCAGGAGGGAUCCGUGCACUGCUCCUGUGAGAAAAACUAUUUCCGUCAUGAGGGCGACCCUGCAUCCAUGGCCUGCACAAGGCCGCCAUCUGCCCCCCGCAAUGUCAUCUCGGUGAUCAAUGAGACGUCGGUGAUCCUGGACUGGAGCUGGCCAGAGGACAGUGGCGGCAGGAGGGACGUGACCUUCAACGUGGUGUGCAAGCGCUGCUGGCCAGAGCCACGGCUUUGCGAGCCCUGCCGAGGCACCGUGCGCUUCCUGCCGCGCGCCGCGGGCCUUCACAACACCACCGUGACCGUGGCCGACCUGCUGGCGCACACAAACUACACGUUCGAGAUCGAGUCUCAGAACGGAGUAUCACUGCUGGCAGCCGCACACCGUCAGUACGCUGCCGUCACCAUAACAACCAACCAAGCAGCACCCUCACCGGUUACAGUGAUCAGGAAGGACAAGACAUCCCGGAACAGCAUUUCUCUGUCCUGGCUGGAGCCGGAGAGACCUAACGGCAUCAUCCUGGAUUACGAGGUCAAAUAUUAUGAAAAGCAGGAGCAGGAGACCAGCUACACCAUCCUGAGGUCCAAGGGCACCAACGUGACCUUGAACGGGUUAAAGCCAGACACCAUUUACCUGCUCCAGAUCCGCGCCAGGACCGCAGCAGGAUAUGGGAGCAGCAGCCGCAAGUUUGAGUUUGAGACCAGCCCUGACUCCUUCUCCAUCUCGAGUGAGAGCAGCCAGGUCAUUCUGAUAGCCAUCUCCUCCGCUGUCGCCAUCAUCCUGCUAUCAGUGGUACUCUACAUUGUCAUUAGCAGGCUUUGUGGUUACCGAAAAUCCAAACAUCCAGAUGAAAAGAGGCUCCAGUAUGGAAAUGGGCAGCUGAGGCUGCCGGGAAUCAGAACAUACAUCGACCCCCACACGUAUGAGGACCCCUGCCAGGCCGUGCAUGAGUUUGCCAAAGAAUUGGAUGCUUCUUGUAUAGCUAUUGACAAGGUGGUGGGUGCAGGAGAAUUUGGGGAGGUUUGCAGUGGGCGCCUGAAAUUGCCCUCAAAAAAAGAGAUGUGUGUGGCCAUUAAGACGUUGAAGACGGGCUACACAGAGAAGCAGAGACGCGACUUCCUGAGCGAAGCGAGCAUCAUGGGCCAGUUCGACCACCCCAACAUCAUCAGACUAGAGGGCGUGGUCACCCGCAGUAAGCCGGUGAUGAUUGUGACAGAGUACAUGGAGAAUGGCUCCUUGGACAGCUUCCUGCGAAAACAUGAUGCACAGUUCACAGUCAUCCAGCUGGUAGGCAUGCUGCGUGGCAUCGCCUCGGGAAUGAAAUACCUCUCAGACAUGGGCUACGUCCACCGAGAUCUGGCCGCCCGAAACAUCUUGGUCAACAGCAAUUUGGUCUGCAAGGUGUCCGACUUCGGCUUGUCCAGGGUGCUGGAGGACGACCCUGAGGCUGCCUACACGACAAGGGUGAGCAAAUAUGGAGGUAAGAUCCCAAUCCGGUGGACCGCGCCAGAGGCUAUCGCUUACCGCAAGUUCACCUCGGCCAGCGACGCCUGGAGCUACGGCAUCGUGCUCUGGGAAGUGAUGUCAUACGGAGAGCGGCCUUACUGGGAGAUGUCCAAUCAGGAUGUUAUCAAAGCAGUGGACGAGGGCUACAGACUGCCCCCACCCAUGGACUGCCCCGCGGCACUUUACCAGCUGAUGCUGGAUUGCUGGCAGAAGGAUCGCAACAACCGGCCAAAGUUCGAGCAGAUAGUCAGCAUUCUGGACAAGCUCAUACGCAACCCAGGCAGCCUGAAGAUCACAGCCAACACCACCUCCAGACCUGCAAACCUUUUGUUGGACCGGAACAACGCUGCGGACGUCUCGUUCCAUACGAUGGGUGACUGGCUAGACUCCGCUCAGACCCUGCCCUGCAAAGAGGCCUUCUCCGGGGUGGGAUACAGCUCCUGCGACACUUUAGCCAAGGCCUCCACAGAAGACUUCAAGAAAGUUGGUGUGACGAUUGUUGGACCGAAGAUUGUGAGCAGCAUCCAAGCACUUGAAGCACACACAAAGAACGGCCCCGUCCCAGUGUAAACGGCAGGGCACCAUCAACUGAUGAUCUGGGCUUUGAAAUGAAAGACAAUGAUUCUGCACUCGUUCUGGAAAGCAAUGAAAACACAACACAGAGAGUAGAUACUACGCCUCUACUUUUGGGAAGCUGCUUUUCAGGUGACGCUCCCCCAGCUGGGAUGUGAGAGUUAUAAGAGGGGCCAAAGGUACUCAGGAAGAACUCUACCGACCCCAAGACCCCCACUCAUGGUGAACUGAACUGCCUUCCCCGUUUCGGCCCCAGAGAGAGAGGGCCGAAUGUGGCAGCUACAGUAAGAGCGAGUGGGUCUGAGCUUGUGUUUUAAGAAACAGUUGUCCCCGUCUGCACUUUUGCCAUUAAACACAAGCAGCAGGUACAGCACGACUACAGAGGCCCCGUUUGGUGUUGAACAGGGUCAUUGAAAGGUCAUUAAAUGGAGCCAUUGACCUAUCUACCGUAGAUGUCCUCUCUGAGUAGGUAUGGAUAAAAGAAAGACAUGACUGAGGAGUUGAUUAGAUGCUUGUAUUUACAGAAAUGCACUAGUUCAACAACCCUCUGCUGUAUGUGUAAGGAGUGGUGUUCAGAGAGAUCAUCUUUCUCUUCUUUUUUAGAGAGGUCUGUCUUCAUCCAGCCUCCACACUUCACUUCCAAACGUCACCUUUUGACUUUAGGAAGCUUUGGUUUGAAGAAGAAGAACGAAAAGCAAGAAAAGUAAAAAAAAAAAAAAAAAAAAAA